AAUCCAAAAAUAGCCAUUCCGAGCAGAAAGAGCACGAGAAUAGAUCCUGACUGCCCGGACGUUGCUUGUUUUCCAGGGUUUAGCAUAGACAGAGGCUCAUAAGGUCGGGGAUUCGAGGAUUUUCUCUGACAAUCUGCAAAUGCGGAUAAACCAUCACGAAGGCAGACAGAGUGGUCACUUGAUCUGCAUUAAUAGACAUGAUCACUAUUCAUCGACGGCACGCAACGAAGACGACAUAUUCUCAAGGAAUUGAAUAGACUGACGUGACAGUUUCAAGGCAGGAUCCCGGAAUAAAUAUAUUUCUCUCAGAAAGGAGGAAAUGCCAAGGGAGACAUCCGAUAAAGAGGAGAUGGAGAUACACAUUCCCUCAUACCCUUUACCAGUGGAAAUAGAGCAGAUGGAUCGCUCCGAGAAGGCCUGUCGUUACUGUGGUGUAAGUUAUUUGAUCCUGCAUGAGUUCCAGUGUCUACAGAAGCGUCUGCAGGAAGUGGAAAAAGAGCUGGAGAAGGAGAGAGGCAGUGUGGAGAGAGAGAGAACAGUGAGAGAGGAGCUCCAGCAAGCCAAUUCUCAUCUGGAGAAGCUGAAAGCAACUAUACUUCAACAGGCGGAAAUCACAAGGGCCCUUGACCUGCAGCUGUGCAUGGCCAGGCGUGAGAUGGAGAGCGUGAGGACAGAGAGAAAGAGAUUGUGUACAGAGCUGGAAAACGAGUGUGCUCGCCAACUGCUCCUCAGGUCCAGGUGUAUGCAGCAGCAGUGUGUUCUCAGGGAGGCUCUGGCGCUGCUGCAGUGGUCUCGUGGGGAGAUGACAACUGUUAAGAGCCAGUUAAUUCACUUCCUGGAGAACUGGGAAAACAGCAAAACACUGAUACAGCAGAGUUGCAUCAGUGCUGACGCAGAGCAUGCUCGCCUGCAACAGGAAGUGGGUGGGCUGGAAGCGGAGUUGGUGAGGCUGCAUGGGGAUGUGCUCAACUUAAAGGCAUGUCUGGAUGAAGCAAGAGAACAGAUGCUGCAGUUGGAGAACCAGGUCCAGACCAAGAAACUUCUGCAGAUCCAAAACCAAGAAGCCCAUUCUCUCAUACAGGGCCUAAAGGAAGAGAUGAAGACUCUUAAAAUAGAUCUUCAGAAAAGCCUGCAUGAAAGAGAGAAUGUGAAGAUACUUCUGAAGACAAAGUCUGCAGGGAUGGAGGAACUGCGAGCAUUGUGGAUGCAGCAGAGUGGUGAAAUGAAGGCCACCAUUCAGAGGCUGUCCCAAGACCAGAAGGAGAAGGAGGAGAGAUGGUUGUCAUGUCAACAGCGAUGCGAGUCCCUGCAGGAGCAGCUGUUGGCAUGGCAACAGAAAGAGGAGGAGGUGACCCGGAGACUGAAAUGGACAGAGGGCGAGAUGAAGGACCUGAGAGCAGCCCGAUCCACUCUACAGCAGGAGAGGGAAGAUUUGAGGUGGACUCAUGUGGGAGAGCUGGAGAGAUUGGAGGAGACCUUCAGAAUACGGCUAAAGGCUGCACAGGAGCACAGCUCAAAGUUGGAGACCUGUCUCCAUCAGCAACAGGCUGAACAGGAGAAUCAGCUGGUACUAAAAGAGACUGAGUUAAGAAGAGAAGCAGAUAUAGAAUUGGACAUCCAAAGGCAAAAAAACCAGGAGCUGGCUGACAAAUAUCAGACUGAAAAUAAGCAACUUCAAAAGAAGUUUCAAGCUCUGGUGCAUUCAGCCACACAGGAGCUACAUGAGGAGUUGGCAUUGCUGCAGGAGCACAUUAAACAGCAGAAUGAGGAGACACAGCAUAUCCGUGAGAGCACCUCCCAGAGGGAGAAGCACCUACUGCAGGAGCGGAGAACAGGAGAGGCACAGCUGCAGUCUGCCCUGCAGGAUUUGCUGCAGAGGACACAGGAGCUGCACAAGGCACAGAGAAACAUAGAGCAGCUCAGAAAAGAUAGAGACACCCUAGAGGAAGAGAAGUCUCUGCUUGAGGAGACUGUAAGGCGUGAGUGUGAGGAGAGGGCAGAACUGACCUCAGCACUGACCCUGGCCAAAGAACAGCUGCUGGAACUCAAACAGUCGACAUCGAAAGCCUACGAAACCCAGACACACACCCGUCUGUCUAGAUCUACAGUCAUGCACCCUGGCUUCCUCAACCCCACGCUUCAUCCUCCCACACACAACCGCAGCAGCCAGUCCACUCAGGGCAGCAUACAUAAAGGUUUGGCUGAAUGGCAUUCUGGCAGUGUGGGCAGAAAUGUGGCAUCCUGGCAUGGAACAACACGGCCUGCACCCACUCUGCCCAAAAUCAACAAAGACAGAGUCAUGCAAAAGCAUUUCCAAGCUAAUGGGAAUAAAGGACAAACUCUGAUCCUCCCAAUAAAGACCCCCUGAUUAUUCAGUAUGCUUCUAGAAUAACACAUUACACCACCCCUACUUUUUACCACACAAUGGUUGCCUUGAUAAAACGAUAACUACCACACAGCAAACAUUCAAAAGGUCUGUCUCAAAUAUACUUGCCCACAUACUCUAAUGCAGGGCUACUCAACUUCGUAAAGUUCAUGGGGCGCAAAGCUGGAUCCUUGUACCCUCAAGGGCUGCACUCUUAAUUUUUUAUGAUUGAAAUAUAUAUAUAUAUAUAUAUUUUUAUAGUAAAAAUGUUGGAAUGUUAGCGAAAGGGAUAGCUCACCUAAAAAUUAAUAUUUUUAGAAGAAUAUUUUAGCUCUGUAGGUCCAUACAAUGCAAGUGAAUGGUGACUAGACCUUUGAAGCUUCAGAUAUCACAUAAAGGAAGCAAAAAAAAUUAUCCAUAUUCCAUGCAUCUUCAGAAGCGAUAUAAUAGGUGUGGGUGAGAAACAUCAAUAUUUAAGUCCUUUGCUAUAAAUCUCCAGUUUCACUUUCACAUUCUAAAAAAGGAUUGAAAUAUUGAUCUGUUUCUCACCCAAAGUUAUUGCAUCACUUCAGAAGACAUAUUAAACCACUGGAGCCAUUUGGAUUAUUUUUUUGGUUCCUUUAUGUUAUUUUUGGAGCUUCGAAGGUCUGAUCAUUGUAUGGACCUACAGAGCUGAAAUAUUCUUAUAAUAUUCACUGUUUGUGAUCAGUAGAAGAAAGACAAUCAUACACAUCUGGGAUGGCAUGAGGCUGAGUAAAUGAUGAGAGAAUUUUCAUUUUUGGGUGAACUAUCCCCUUUCAUAGGAUAUAUAGCAGAUGAGUUUACCCCUCUACUGCAUCACGCUAUCAGCAGCACAUGAUGAGCAGUGGUCAUCAGCGGCACAAAUGGUUUUGUCUGUAAUAAUGUUUGGCUCUCCAUCAAGUUCAUAACUAAAUAAAACAGGA